UCACUAGUUUGAGGAGAAGCAGUCCAAUACCCCUGGUUUAGAUCAGUGAAGGAGUAUUAUACAUUUUUGGUCAGACUUAUCGUGAUUUAAGUAUAGACAGAUACAGUCCUAUUUAAUGCAAAGCGAACUUAUACAAAAUUUGUCAUGUGAUUCGACUCAUCACCAUGAUUAUUGUACGCUACUUUAAUGUUAAAUUAAAUUAAAAAUAAAUGUUUAACAAAAGCAUAGUAAGCUAGAAAAAGUAUGGCGACGUGGGAAGGCGAAAAAUUCCAGGAAUACGAAAAUACCGACGAUAUCGAGGGAAAUUUUGAUAACAUCCUCGUAACGCAUGACCUCCAGGAUUGCCUUGACGAUAGCUUAGACUUAACAAAUUUCAACAGAGUUUACGAACAAGGUGCCAUAUUCGAUUACGAAAAGUAUUCUGAUGAUGAUACUCCUAUUGACGAAAGGCUACCUAGUGACAACACCACAGAAUCACUUCAUCAUGCAAUUAGUCCCCAUGAGAUUUAUAUGCGAAUUCAUUCUGGCCAUGAUGAUUUAUUAUCAACUGAAUCUGCACAUGCAACUAUUACCAUUGAAAGCAAAGUUUCGGACAGCAGUCAAAAACAUAUUGGCAGAUAUACUUGUGAAUAUGAGGGUUGCAAUAGAACAUAUAGCACAGUUGGAAAUUUACGAACUCAUAUGAAAACUCACAAAGGCGAGUAUCGAUUUAAAUGCGCAGAACCAAGUUGUGGCAAGGCCUUUCUCACGUCGUACAGCCUAAAGAUUCACAUUAGAGUACACACUAAAGUAAAACCCUUUGAAUGCAAUCACAAAGGCUGCGAGAAAGCAUUCAAUACCCUUUACAGACUGAGAGCUCACCAAAGACUUCACAGUGGCAAUACAUUCAACUGCGAAGAGACUGGAUGUGUUAAAUUCUUCACUACUCUAAGUGAUCUCAAGAAACAUAUUCGUACUCAUACUCAAGAAAGACCUUACAAAUGUCGAGAAAAAGGAUGUGGUAAGGCUUUUACAGCAUCGCAUCAUUUAAAAACGCAUAAAAGAACACAUACAGGAGAACGACCGUAUGUGUGUACUUAUGAAAAUUGUAAACGAUCCUUUACAACACCUCAUAGCUUAAAAAGUCAUUUAAAAACUCAUAAAAGAAUCAAUAAUGAGGAAAUGAAACAGGAAGGAAAUCAAGAUGACAGUGGAAACCAAAGAAAUAGCGAUGUACUAAAAUCGGAUAUUGAUGUUACUGAAAUAACUUCUAAGAAUUCAAAUGUGCCAUCUUAUUCUGUUAUUCCAAUAUCCUCCAGUAGUUCACAAAUUAACGGAAGUGUAAGUUACUUAUCCACAAAGAAUGUAAAUGAUCAUACUACAUCUACAAAUAAUAUGAUGGACAUUUUAAGUCAAAAAGGACUUAAUAAAGACCUCGACUAUAAUAUUAAUGUUAAAGGGAUAGAUAAUCCAAAUGAAACUGCAACAGUUACUAUCCUUACAUCAGACAAUAUUAUUUUAAAUAAUUUCAAUCAACAUGCGAUCGAUAAUUUUAAUAAUAACGGGAGUUAUGACAAGUAUAAAAUAUUCACAGAAAUAAAUAAUUCGAGUUUACCGCAGGAUCAAACUCAACAGUACGCAUCGGAUUCCUCAACGAUUGAAAUUCAAGACAAUAAGGCGAAUAAUGUAAAAACCACUAAUUCCAUAAAUUUAGAGCAAAAGAUUAUACAGGACGGUUUGCAAAACGCCAUUGCUCAUAUAUCGGAAGGAACAGAUUUUACUACUGAUGUACAAUAUGAGAAUCAGAGAAUAAGUGAUGCAUCAAAUGUAGAACCGGUUACUGACGAUAGGAACACAAUAUUGUUUAGUGAUAGUUCUAUUACUAGUCAUGUAUCAAAUAUAAUUAGUUCCUCUAACGAGACUCAGCUUUUCAAUAGCGGAGUAGAAAACUUAUCAUUUAUUAAUAAUACCUUACAAACUGAAACUUCUAACGAAGUCGAUCAACCAUUAAAUUCGAAAUGUACUCCGACCACACCUUCUGAAGCUAUAGAAUUAGCAAUAGCAUCUGAAGAGGAAAUACCUUCUCCUUGGAUAGAUGUUAUGGCCUUGGCGACUUCAUCCACAUUAAGGAGACAGUCUUGGUCGGAACUGAAUGCUUUUCCAACCGCAGUUCAUUCACUAGUCGAUUUAGUUGAACCAGAACCUUAUCCAUUGCAAGUAGAGAAUCAGUUAGAAUCGUUACAACAUUUGGAUAACGUUAAUUUAGUAGGUGUGGAAGGUAUAACAGAAACUGUUCAUCGUAACGAGAGUGUCGGUAAUAGACAAGAAAAUAGUACAAAGCUGAAAAAGAGCAGGAACGUUUUGCAAGAGAUUACCGCCGAUGCGGACAUAUGCAAAUGUACUGAUUGCAAAUGCGAUCAUCUACGAAAUUGCCACAAUUGCUCAAGUAACGUACCGACAGGAAUUAAUAAGAAGAAUGCAUUCAAAGCAGUCGACGAUAUCACGACUUGCUUGCAAACUGAAUGUUUGUGUGACAAUGAACCUGGUGGUUGUGGCUCUUGCUGUGUUGUUAUUUGCUUAAAAACAUUACAACAAUUACAAAAAGUAUUUAGUAAUUGUUGCAAGAGUACUAGCAAUAUAACUUGUAGGGAAAAAUUGUUACCAUCGUUAAUGAAAUGUCAAUUAACAAAAAAUCAAUGAAACGAAUGGUUUAUUGUACAACUAGUCAUGCCAAAAGAAACAUAUAUUUUGCAUAAACAUUCAGCGCGGGAUUCAUUAUUUAUCGUGAUGUAUAGAUUAGUCCGCUUAGCUUUAAAUGCGAUUUUUCUUCUAAAUGUUAAAUUUGAAACGUAUUGUGUAGGACAAAUUGAGAGUAUGGGAUUGUAUAUACAUACCUGUACCAUAUUUCAAGAGACUUUAAUUAUGUAGAUGCAAUAUGUAAAUGUUAUGAUACAUUUUCUCGCGUGCCAACACAUUUGUAAAUUUUUUACUUAAAAUGUUUUAAGUCUUCAACAUUGCUGUUGCAUAGUUGAUAAAAAUAAAAGGCUUUAUUGCUUUACCACACUGAACAAUAGGAAAGGAUAUUCGAAACUGAGCGCGGUGGUGUAAGACGAAAUAAGUGUCCUUUGCCUCAAAAAAUCUACUUUAAAGUCUGUGUACAUUAUACAAAUGUUAUAUCAAAUUUGAUACUUCGACGUUUUAUAGAUUGGUAUAAUAUAUUUUUAAUGUACAAAUAUUAUGUACAUAACAUUUUUUUUUUAUAUAUACAGUAACGGUUAUAAAAACUAUUGAAAUUAUAAACUUUUAUAAUGCAAUGAUAUUCGUUAACUUAUAUGCUAUUUAUGUAAACAAAAAAGCAUCGUUGAUGUGUGUGUAGUGUACUAAAUAUUUUAGUAUUAGUUUAAAACAGAGAGUAUCAUAUUUAUUAUGUCUUCUAGUGCACAAUGUUCUGAUAAUUGAAAAUGAAGCCAUGCAACUAUUUAAGAAUAUUUAAUUUCAAGAGAGUAUUGCAUAAAAAGUAUGAAAUAAAAUUAAGCAAUACUCAAUCCUCUGAAUAUUUAUAAAUAUAAAUCAGGGUAAUAGAAUGAAACAAAUUUUAACAUAUUCAAAUAAUUUUUUGUGGCUGUUACACAUAAUGUACUUGGAAACACAACAAAAUCACUGUACCUAAAUAGUUUUAUAAAGAAAAUAAAAUUUUAUUGUUAUUCUUUAAAUAAAAUUCAACUAACACAAUAAAUUAUAAU